AUGCCAUCCUGCCUUCCUUUUCCCUGCCACCCCAACCCACAGGAGGUGCUGAUGGCGGUGGUUACCUUCUCAGCAAUGCGCACAGUGGCAACAGUCAUGGUCAUCUCUGCAGCCAUUCAGAUCGUAGCAGCAGUGGUGCUAAUCAUCAUGCUGCCUCUAGUGGCGCCCACUCAUGAGCCCGCAUCGUGGGUGUUUGGGGACUUUGGCAACAACAGAGAGAUCACACUUACACCCAGCAAUGCCUACUCAUUCCUCAUCACUCUCCUCGUCUCACAAUACUCCCUCUACGGGUACGACUGCGUGGCGCAUCUCACAGAAGAGACAAAAAAGGCUGACCGGACGGCGCCACUCGCGAUCAUGUCCUCUCUGACUACAGUUACCGUCCUCGCGUGGGUGCUGGUGGUGGUGCUGACGUGGAGCAUCCAGGAUCCAGCUCAUCUAUUUGCAGCCGAGAGCGCGACAGGUGGCAUGCAACCAGUGGUGCAAAUCAUGUGGGACGUGUUUUACACUCGCUACGGCUCUGGGUUGGGAGCGCAGGUCUUUACUGUGGUCAUCUGCAUCUCCUUUUUCGGAGCCACUCUCUCAUGCCAGCUGGGGGCAUCUCGUGUGGCCUACGCCCUGGCUAGGGAUGGCGGCUUACCCUUCUCCUCCCUCUGGCGCCGCCUGGCACCCAACCAAGUGCCAAUAUGGGCACUGACACUCUCCGUGCUCGUCGGGCUGCUCUUCCUGCUCCCUGUGCUCGCCUCCUCCACUCUCUUCUUCGCCCUCGCAUCCAUCUCCACCAUUGCUUGGAUCUCUGCGUACUCCGUCCCCAUCCUCUUCCGCACUCUGCAACACGAAAAGAACUUCCCGCCCGGCCCGUUCUACCUGCCCAACUACAUCGGAUUCACAGCCGGCUUUCCCCUUUUCCUUCUCCAUUCCCUUUCCCUAAUCAGCCCUCGUCUCCUGCACUUCAUCAGGCAGCUCGACCCCACUGCACCCUCCCCUCGUCUUCUGGACUUCGUCAAGCAUCUCGACCCCAAUGUAGUCCAGGCCGCAUCAUCUCGAGCCUUCGCUGCUCUGGCGCCAUACCACACCCUUACCACGCCUGGAGGUUCGGGAUCAGGUUCGGGAGCUCAUUCCGAAGCAGAUGUUGAAGCUAGCCUGAAGGCAGCAGUAACAGAGCUGUCAACACUUAAGGGCGUUGGGGCAGCAACAGCAUCUGCAGUGCUGGCUGCGUUCGCCCCUGAAGUCGCUCCAUUUAUGUCGGAUGAGGCCAUGGUUGCGGCGUUGGGGGACUGCAAAGACUACUCGCUUCGCCGCUACCUCGUUUUUGCCAAGGCCAUGCGUGAAAAGGCAUCGGUUUUAGGGCUAACCCAUUGCCAAGGCCUGGCGUCUGCCGGGCUUUUACGGUAA